UGAGGCCGACCUUCCUGGACGUGCUAUUCGCGGGCGCAAUGGGGGGCUUGCUUGUGUUCUGUGGUUUGUCGAUGUUGUGACUUCAGGAGGUAGUCUAUUUGCGGCGGAUCGGAAGUGUUUAUGCGACUUAUGCAAUUAUGCUGUAUGUACUCAUCUAUGCUGUCAGUCUAUGCUUUAUAUGGCCUUCGUUUCGGGGCGAUGUGGCGGCCGGUGGUUAUGAAGCUUCUCUCGCCUGCAGUAUAAAAGAGCAAGCAUGUAGCAGCCAACACCCAUCUACAGCUUGAAGACGCACCAUGGCAUAUCUACUCAAAGGCGGCAUCGUUGCAACCUUCACGAAGGGUAGAAACAAACCCUCCGUGCAUUCCGCUGAUGUCCUCGUUGAAAACUCGAUCAUAACACGAAUCGACGCAGACAUCGUCGCUGGCUCAAAUGUUGAAGUUAUCGACUGCAACGGUAAGUGGAUAACACCCGGAAUGGUCGACACACACCGACACGUUUUCAUGACUGUAUUGCGCGGCGAACAGUGCGACUGGCUACUAUCCGAGUACCUCGUGAAGAUGUCUAUGUUCUUGCAGUCUCGUUUGACGGCAGAGGAGAUCCGGAUAGGACAGUUGUCGGGGUGUCUCGACGCACUACAUUCCGGCGUGACGACGAUUCUGGACCACUUCCACGCCGCCACGACACCUGAGCAUGCACAAGCGUCUCUUGAGGCGACCAUCGAGUCCGGAGCCAGGGUCGUAUGGUGUCCUGCGCGACAGAGCGGCCCUACGCAGCUCCUGCCGUCCGUUGAGUAUGGGAACGAGGAAGAAACCUGCAAGUGGCAGAUGGAGAAGCUGAUGGAGUGGGGGACAAAGGACGGCGGAAAACUAACGUCCGAUGGGCGAGUAACCCUCGGCCUUGCAUACGACAUCAUAGAGGCAGGUCCUAUCAGCGCGCACCAGGCAGCGCUGAAGUAUGCCCGCGAGAACAAUGUCUCCAUAAUCACUGCGCACGUCGUGAAAGGCCCGCGUAUUACCACUUGGCGCGACGCUGGCCUGCUCGGACCGGAUGUGGUGUUCUCGCAUUGCAACUGCCUCUACGACCGUACGGAUCCAGAUGACGAGAUGUGGGAGGCCAUGAAGGAGAACGAAUGUGCAAUUGCAUCCACACCCGUCGACGAGCUCGGCAUGGCGCACGGGAACCCGGUCGCUAUAGAAGCCGUACAACGAGGGGUCAAAUGUGGCCUAGGCGCGGACUGCCUGUCCGUCAAUGGUGGAGACAUCUUCGCACAGAUGCGAAUGGCCCUUCAAUUUGCAAGAGGUCGCGGCCACGAAAUCAUUGAGCAGAAGGGCCAUGCGGGACCAAAAUACAACAAGCACCUCUGCGCUGACGCCUUCCGCCUUGCGACCCUGGGUGGGGCGGAAGCCUUGAACCUCGACGACAAGAUUGGGACCAUCGAGGUCGGAAAGAAGGCCGACAUAGUGGUAUUCGACACGGAUUCCACGAAUCUCGCGGGGAUCGACGACCCUAUCUCUGGUAUAACCUUCCAUGCCACCAACGCGGACGUCGAGCUUGUGAUGGUCAACGGCGAAGUCGUGAAGCGGGACGGAAAGCUCACGAAGGUGCCGUGGGGACCCGUCGCGCGGGAGCUCAAGCAGAAGGCGCGCGAGGUCCGCGAACGCUUCCCCCGAGAGAAGUUGGAAGAGCUGUGGGACCAGUGGUACGAAGCUUGCGGAGCACCCAGACUCUGAAUGGACCGGCCUUCUUCCUGUAUCUCAGAGCUACAUGACAAACCGUAAUGUAUGAGUACGAUAACAUGUCAUUCAUGUUUGAGGUCCCAAUGCGAGGCACAGUACCUCAUGCACCCCGUCUCUAGCUGCAAAAUGAUACCAUCAUGAGUCAGCGCAAUACUAGGCUCGAUCGGAUGCCUCGGCAACGAACUCACAUGCCUUUCGU